AUGUCUCUUAAAUCCAUUACCUCAGUUCUUGGCGCGAUACUGUGUGCUCGACUAGUGAGCAGCGCGGCUGUGACAUCCAGCAAAGCUCCCGUCGUUAACACUCUCAACGGCUCUUAUGUCGGACUUCACAACUCAGUAUAUAAUCAAGACAUUUUUCUUGGAGUCCCUUAUGCGCAGCCACCUGUUGGAGACCUGCGCUUUGCCACUCCUCGUAGUUUGAAAACUACUUGGUCGGGACUUCGAAACGCAACCGAAUAUGGCUACUCUUGUGUCGGUUACGGCGAGGACAGCGAAAUUUCGGCAAAGAACCGUACAAGCGAGAAUUGUUUGUUUCUCAACAUAGCUCGCCCAGCAGGCAUCGGGUCGACGCCCCUGCCAGUUGCAGUUUUUAUUCAUGGCGGUGGUUGGUCAUACGGAAGCGGUGCACAAGGAUAUUAUAAUGUAUCUUCCCUCGUUGAGCGUUCCAUACAGAUUCAACAACUGAUUAUUGCUAUUACAAUUAAUUAUCGGCUGGCGGGCUGGGGCUGGCUCUAUUCAGAUGAGAUAGUUAAAGAAGGCUCGACAAAUGCUGGACUGAGGGAUCAAAGGCUGGCUUUACAUUGGGUAAGGGAGAACAUCGCAGCAUUUGGCGGUGAUCCCUCCAAGAUAACUAUCUUUGGGGAAAGCGCGGGGUCUUAUUCGGUCUCUUCUCACUUAUUCGCGUACAAUGGCCGUGACGAUGGACUGUUCCACGCAGCAAUAGGACAGUCAGCAUCGGUAGCAGGAAUAGGCCCAUGGGAGCCGAGUAUUGCAAAUAUUACUAAAACCAUAUGUCCUGAGGCCACCGACAAGCUUGCAUGUCUGCGGAAGGCUGAUUUUGAGACCUUGAAUAACACAAUCAAUGCAACACUAAGUCUCCCAUUUGCAGCAAUCAUAUAUGGUCCAGUGGUUGAUGGGGAUAUUGUUGCUAGACCCCGUUUAGAGCAAUUGCGAGAUGGCAGUUUUGUUAAGGUUCCUUUGCUCCUUGGCACUAACAACGACGAAGCAGGAUACUACACACCUCUGGGGAUUAAUACGGAACACGAACUUCACGAAGUUCUCGUGACUGAGACCGUGGGCCUGAACUUCACCCAAGCUACGGAAAUCAUGUCACGAUACAAGUAUUCGGAUCCAGACCUAGCGUCCCCAGAAGUCUUGAACGCCGAACUCAAUACCACGGUGGGAAUUAUGUAUAAGCGCGCAAAUACAAUCUUGACUGAUGUGGUGUUCAAAGCACCAACUCAUUACGGGGCUCAACUAUGGCAGAAGCAUAGUAGCAAUAUCUACGUUUAUAAUGCCAAUACCACUCUUAGUGUCGGCCCCAACUACUUUGGAUCGGCUCAUGGUUUUGAUCUGGCAUAUAUGUUCUACAAUGUUAAUGGAACAGGUUGGGAGGGAGGCGAAACCCUUUUUCUAGGUGGUAAUCCGUUCGCUGGCAGGCCACAAUCUUACCUUGACCUCGCAGCAGUGAUGAGCGGUUUGUGGGUGGGAUGUAUGAACACUGGUAUCCCCUCCUAUAGCAAGCGUGAGUCAUUACCUUUUCACAUAACCUAUUUUACUUCAUCCCUUGCCAGAAUUACUCUAAUACUCGAUUAG